AUGACUUGGUUACCAACUGAGUCCUUCUUGAAAGGAAAGAUCAUUAAACCUUUCUUACCUUUUGAUAAACAUCCUGAUUAUACCAAUCCUAACAUUCGUAAUUUGUAUCCCGGUGAUGAAGUUUAUAUUUUUGAAACUAAAGAUGAAAAAUGGGCUAGAGGUUAUGUCUUAUCUAAACCUUUCCCAAGAGAUUUCACUACCACUUCAGUUAAUUUAGAUGAUUUGCCUACUCCUCAAAUCAAGAUUCUUGUCUUCCCAUUGAAAUAUGUUAAAAUUGUUGAAUCUGUUGCUUUCACAGACAAGAAGAAUGAAAUUGAACAAAAUGAACUCUUUGAAGGAGAACAUUUAUUGUUGAAUGGAUUUUCGAAAGAUUCGGUUAAGAAAAUCAUUCCUCAAUUACCUGUUAGUGUCGAAUCCAAAAGAACUUUAGAAGAUGAAAUUAAGAAUGCCUUGGAAACUUUGAAUUCUCAUAUCUUUGCCUUGUAUUCCAUUGGUGAAUUUAGAUUAUUUAACAGUUUAGUUGAUAUCUUUUAUAAAUUACAUGAAGUUAGAAUUAAAUUGAUCCAUGAUUUGUUAACUGCAAAUGAAGCUCGUAAUGCUAGGGAAGUAGCCACUCAAUUAUUAGACAGAAUCCCAAAGAAAUUAGCUUCUAAAGCAGAAAGAUUGAAUGAAUCUUCAUAUGAUUUGGAUAAUGAUAAUACUGAUAUUUCUGGAUAUAAAGCGAUUUUAGCAAGAGAUGCGUUUACUGGGGAAAUCUUAACAUUGGAUUCUUCCUAUCCUUCAAGAAUCGCUUUCAACAGUGAAUUAUGUUCUUUGGUCGGUACAUUCCCAAUCCAUGCCCAUAAUCACAAGCAAAAAUUCACAUUGAAGACUGUUGGAAAUAAGAAAUUCAACAUUGAACCACCUUCAAAUAUUCUUGUUGAUUUUAAGUCAGUUUCGGGUUCAUCUGCUUAUUUACCACCUGGAUUUGCCGGUAUGACUGCAUACAUGUAUCUUCGUAACAAUAAGAAGAGAUUAACCGAAGCUUUUGCUGUUCAUGCUGAUUCUGUUCAAGAAUUGGCUAAUGUUGAGAAAUUAAGUGCAGCCUUAUUUAGAAACAUUCCUCAUCAUGAAAUUGCCGACACUAGAAUCUAUUUAGUUGCUGUUUUAACCGAAGAACUUGAUAUGAAGAUUAUUCAUGGUGGUCGUGAGUUCACAAAGAGAGUCAAAAGAGGAGUUGCUGCUGGUGCUACUGAUAUUACCCGUGUCUUUUCGUUAAGUCAAGGUGGUCUUACAACUGGUGAAUCCUAUCAUUUCCAAAUUAAGUUGUUCGGUUCAUUUAUGCCAUAUAACAAGACAUUUACAAGCCGAGAAGAAGGUAUUGAUCGUGUAGUCAAUAAUGGUUGGGGAGAACUUCCUGAUCGUAUUAUUGGUGGAACUAGUAACGGUGUUGCUGUUAAUCCAAGAGCAGAAAAGUUGAUUAUUACUGUUAAAGAAUUUAGACAUCAAUUUGAAACUGGUCUUAAUAGUUCUCAAGCUGUCAGCCAAACACCAAUUUCUAGAAUUAAGGCAAUUUUCUUUGAUCCAUUGGCUGAUAAUUAUGAAAGGAUUUAUUUGAAAAUGGGGAAAAUUAGUUUAGCUAAUGGUGGUACAAAAGAUGAUUUGUUAACUGUUGAAGUUAGUGUUCCAAACAAUGAAUUAAUUACAUUUGCGAAGGCCUCUAAUCAACAAGGAAAACGUCAAUGGCAAUUUAUUAGUGUUAAUCCUGGUGAAUCUAUUGGUGACAUUAUUAGAAUUAAUGGUAUUGCUUUGAAAUCACCAACCACCAGUAACGUUCCAAAAGAUGAUUAUAUCCUAUUAUCUUUAUAUAUCAAUGGUGUUUACUCAGGUGAAGGUAAAGUCGUUUACAAAUCUGGAAACAGAUUAGUCGAAUUCAAUAAAAAGAAGGGACAUCGUGUUGAGAUCCUUUCUUGUAAUACUGGUUCACCUAUAGCUUUCUGUGAGCUUUCAACUGAAUACGUUGGAAAGUUUUAUAAUUCUCAUCAGUCGAUUGAUAAUAUUUUCCAAUAUGAGAAACUUUUUAAAUCUGGUACAAAGGGUACUGAAGAGCUUGCUAGUUCAUUGAAAGAAUUCUGCAAUUUGGAUGUUUCUCAAUUAAUUAAAUUCUUCCCUGAAUUGAUGUUGUCCUUAUAUGGAAUUAUUGAAGCUAGUCAACCAAAUGAAAGUCAAUUGAUUAAUACCGUUCGCGACCGUUCUUUCCUUGCCAUUAUUCAUUUAUUAGAUGUUUUAUUCGGAAAAUCAGAUGAGUAUUUACUUCUAGUUGAUAAUUUCUGUUCAUUGUACAAGAGUCAGUCAAAAGCUAGUGUAUUUUUAUUGAACAAGAUGGCCGAAAUCUUCAAACAAGCAGAAACUACAUGGGAUAUGACUUCACGUGCAGUCUGUAGAGUUAUUUCAAUCUUUAUGAGAUUAAGUAUUAACUCAAUGCUGAAUGCUACUAACUUUCAGGAGUAUUUUAUGGCUUUGAAUAACUUGUUUUCAAAUGUUGCGAAAUUCUUGAGUAUUGAUUCACAUGUAUUAGGUCAUGAUCAAGCACUUAUUAUGAAUAUUACUGAUUAUGUCUUGGCUUUUAGAACAAAUCUUGAUGAAUAUAAGGUUCUUCAAUUGAUUGUUAACUUUAUUAAUUCUAUUGGUGUUAAAGGAUUGGGUGCAAAAGAACAAAACCUCGAAGACACAGCUCCUGGCCAAUCCGUUAAAGAUCAUGAAAUUAUUAUCAGUAAGUUAUUAUUGAUUCUUAGAUUGAUUAAUUCCAAUUUAGUUGAGAAACCUGAAACAAGAUACUUAUUGUUAUCAAGCUCAAUUAUAUGGGCCAUGCAAAUCUUGACUGGAUCUACCGAUGUUGAAGCUUCGAGAUUAGCAUGUAGUAUCCUUAAUGCCGUAUGUACCGUUAUUUCAGAACAGAUCUUACCUAUCCCUCAAAGUGAGAAAGACCUUGCCAUUUGUUAUUCCCUCGUUAAAUUUCUUCCCGCACUUGGUAGUUCCUUCGUGAAGUAUAAUAAGUUUACGAGAACUAAUGACUUCUUUAAACACAAUCGUACAUUUACCUUCCUUUUCCCCACUGAUUAUCCAUUCUAUGAAUUCUCCAUUGAUUCGAUUGUGAAUGAUGAAGUUAUGGUUGAAGUUUUAGUUGAAAUGGCUACAGUUUUCACAUUCAUUGCUAGAAUUGGUAAACAAGUGACUGGUGAUGAAGGUUAUGUCAGAAUUUUGGAUAACGAAUAUGAAGGUGAGUUCUUUGACUCAGAUCUUUACUUGCUUGAUAAUUUUGAAUCAGAAGAUAUUCUUUCGAUCCUUUCUGGUAUUAGAUGGAUGAGAACUGGUGGUUAUUUCCCACAAGAGAAAUGGUUAUCGCUUUAUGCCGUACUCAUUGAAGGGUGUACUUGUGCUUUAGAAUUAGUUAGACCAUUGCUCAUGAAGCAUAUUCCUCCAGCUGACAAUGUUGAUGAUUUCGAUUUAGUUCUUUGGGGUAAUUAUUUGAGAAACUUAUUGAAGUUACCAGUAUUAGCUCCAGUUGCCGUUGAAUAUUUAUCUGAUAUUCCCAGAUAUGCUUGUUUUAGUAUUACUGGUAACGCUCGUGACAGAAUUGCUGUAAUUCUUAAAGAAGCUUGGGCCGCCUUGGGUUGGGAAUCAUCAAAUGCUGAAUAUUCAAAGUUUGGAUUAAGAAAUUUUGCUGGCUACCAAGUUGAAUUUAUUGAUAGUGUUUAUGGAAUUAUUCCUGAUUUAAUGUUGUUUGCUUUACAAAAGAAUGAAGCUUGUCAGAAGGUCGCUGUUGAUAUUCUUUAUUCACUCAUUGCUGCGGAAUAUGUCUUGAGUGAUAACAUCGAUGAAAUUCAAAAACAAUGUCUUGUUGGGUUGAAUGAAAUCUAUCAUCGUCAUUCAUACAAACCAAGUACCGUUGAGCAAAAGGAAUUUAUCCAAUUAAUGAAAUCCACCGUCAGUUUAGAUCCGCUAGAUCCAGCUUGUGACGUUAUUUAUAGGUUUAUUGACGACAUUGCUGACUUCUUCGUUGCAUUGAAUUAUCUUAUUAGUGUCCCAGUUGGUCCUGAAUUUGGUGACGAUAGGGCCCUUCAUGAAAUUAACAUCCUUUCAUAUUUGAAACCAUUUAAGUCUGAAUAUUUUACCGCAUUUGUCAAUAAUUUGUAUGAAGUUAAUUCCGCUAAUCGUGAUUAUGUUCAAUCAGCAUUCUGUUUAGAAUUAUUGGCUUCGGUAUAUGAAUGGAAUCAUCAUCAAAUUCUUCCAGCUAGUUUCAAACCCAAAUUCCCAGAACAGACUGCUUUCCAAAGGAAGGAGGCAUUAUUUAACUCGAUUGCUACCAAUUUCAUUAAGGGAAAGAGUCUUGCAAGAGCAAUUGAUACGUUCAAUGAAUUAUUGGACAUGUACCGUAAACAUACUUAUGAUUUAAAGAGUUUUGCUUUUGUGCAUAGUAAGCUUGCUAAGUUGUAUUUGGAUUUAGAAUCUUCUGAUAAUUUGACUCCAUCCUAUUUCAGGGUUGAAGCUAUUGGUGUUGGGUUCCCAUUGUAUAUGAGAGGUAGUGAACAGAUUUAUCAAGGGUUACCAUUUGAACAUAUUACUAGUAUUCAUAAGCGUUUGUUGAACAUUUUCCCUGGUGCUAAAAUCAUUUCAAGUGAAGCUGAAGCUAAACAAAUUAAAUCGAAAUUCCAAAAUGGUAGAUUCUUGUAUGUGACUGUUGUUGAACCAGUUGAAGAAAUUACUGAUAAGUUAUUCAAUACUUCCAUUGGGGUUAGACAAUAUGCCAGAAAUAAAGAUUUAAGAUGGUUUACUAUCACAAAGAGACUUCCAGGAUCUACUUCAAUUUCCGAUUUGUGGACUGAAGAAACUACUUAUGAAACCGAACUUUCAUUCCCAACAUUAAUGAAUAGAAGUAAGAUUAAAUCAUCUACUGUUGUGAAAUUAUCUCCAUUAGAUAAUGCCUUGAAGACAAUUGUUAACAAGAACAAUGACUUGGUUCAUUUAGAAAGUAGUAUAAAUAUGGCUAUGAAAGACAAGUUGGAUCAUUCUUCGUUGAUGCAAGAUUUAUCUAGAACAUUAGCAGGUACAGUUGAUUCUCCAGUGAACGGAGGUGUUGGUCAAUAUAGAGUAUUCUUUACCGAUUCUACUUAUGAACAAAAUGCUGACGAUUUGGAAAAGAUUCAAUUACUAAGAAGUGCAUUUACUGAUCUAGUUAUGAUUUUGAACCGUUGUUUGAAUUUACAUGGUAAAUUAAUCUUACCUUCAAUGCUUAUGACCCAUAAUGCUUUAGUUGAAUUAUUUAAAAAGAAUUUCUGUGAUGAGAUUGAAUCAUUGUCACUUAUUCAAGAUCCACAACUUUCUCAAAAUUAUGCCAAGAGCUCAAGAUACUCAGUGUUUGGAGAUAGGAAAUCAUCAUCAAUGCUUGAUGUUGCCAGUGAAUUAGCUCAAUCGAGUAGUACCUCAACCCUUAACCAUAAAGCCCUGGUUAGGAGUAAUAAAGGAUCAACAUCUGCAUCAUCUAUUUACGGGGUAGGAGGAGACAGUAUCCAAUCAAGUCCAACUAUUAAACUGAAAACUGCGGAAACUAUUGAAAGGAGUAGAAGCUCAAGUAUUUCAUUGAGUGGAAAUGAUAAAGAUACAGCUAGAAAACCUAGAAUUCUGAGUGGUGCCAUUCUUACUGAAGUAGCAUCUAAUUUUAGUGGUGGUUCACGUAAGAAGUCUGUUGGAAACCAUGCGAGAACUGCCAAACGUUGGAGACAUGGAGAUCAGGAAUUUUAA